AUGCCUGUUGCUGCCCGUGCCUGUGCUGCCUGUGCUGCCCGUGCCUGUGCUGCCUGUGCCUGUUGCUGCCCGUGCCCAGUGCUGCCCGUGCCCAGUGCUGCCCGUGCCUGUGCUGCCCGUGCUUGUGCUGCCUGUGCCUGUUGCUGCCCGUGCCUGUGCUGCCCUGUUGCUGCCCGUGCCAGUGCUGCCCGUGCCUGUGCUGCCCGUGCCUGUGCUGCCUAUGCCUGUUGCUGCCCGUGCCUGUGCUGCCCUGUGCUGCCUGUGCCUGUUGCUGCCUGUGCCUGCGCUGCCCGUGCCUGUGCUGCCCGUGCCUGUGCUGCCCGUGCCUGUGCUGCCCGUGCCUGCUGCUGCCCGUGCCUGUGCUGCCCUGUGCUGCCUGUGCCUGUGCUGCCCGUGCCUGUGCUGCCCGUGCCUGUGCUGCCCGUGCCUGUGCUGCCUGUGCCUGUUGCUGCCCGUGCCUGUGCUGCCCUGUGCUGCCUGUGCCUGUUGCUGCCUGUGCCUGUGCUCCCCGUGCCUGUGCUGCCCGUGCCUGUGCUGCCCGUGCCUGUGCUGCCUGUGCCUGUUGCUGCCCGUGCCUGUGCUGCCCUGUGCUGCCCGUGCCUGUGCUGCCCUGUGCUGCAUGUGCCUGGUGCUGCUCGUGCCUCGUCCUUGCGCCCUCGUGCGCUCUUCUACUCGGUGUAG